AUGUGCGAAAAGAGGAAUUUUAAUCGUCAGAAUUAUCAACAGUUAUACGAAGAGUUGUUGUAAUUCUUUUAAACAAGGGAAAUAGAACAGGAGAUUUCGUUUCUAAAACGAGUCGCAACAAUAAAUAAUUUGUUCGAUAUAUCUAACACUUUUAAACGGAGACAGUGAAUUUAUUUGUUUCAAUCUGAAACGUUAAAGGAUAUAGAAACGAUCUUAUUUCUCAGCUGCCCUAGAAAUUUCAGCCGUCCAAAUUGCAGAGGCAAAGGCACGAACAGUGUUCCUUUCCCGGAAUUUAUCGGCAAUUUCGAAAACACUUAUCCUGGAUUGCAAAUUAAUUACACAGGGAAUUGA